AUGCGAGAAAAAGAGGAGGGUGAUCCCUUAACUUGUCAUCGCUACUUAUUCAUUGGAGGUCUCGUCGUCGCAACUAACUCUUGGAAGCGAACAGCAAUCGCUCAUCGAGUGACGGUAUGGCAAGAUAAAUGGGAUGAGGGUUCACCAGCUAUGAAGGCAAUCUUCUCUGCCAUCACCCUCUUGGUGACUAUGUGCUCGUUGGCACAGUCUGCAGUUCACAAGGUUGGCUUGAAGUAUACGCCGUCGUUAAAGAUGAGGUUAUACGCUGAGGGAAGGUUGGAACAACACCUGAAGCAGAAGGCUGUCCGGAUGGCGAGACUAUCACAACAUCUUGAUGCCACUAACACUCCUGUCAUUGACUACGAUGAUAUGGCCUACAUGGGUAAGGAAGUUCACUACAAAAGCUCAAUUGUCCAGUACGAGUUUUGA